UCAUCUCUCCACACCCAUUGCUCUAUUAUCCUCUCCGCAAGUAUCCUAUCCUGCUAUAAUUACAAAGGGAUACAUUACUAUUCCGCAAUGGCCGCCCACGGCAUGCUCACCCCCCCGAUGGAUCUCCCAGUCGAACUCAACGAUCUCGUCACGCUGCACUCCUCCUUUCUCACUGCGGUCUCACUCCACUAUGCGCACAACGGCAAUGCUUCUCCCGUCGACCUGCGCGCCCUGGCUCCCUCGAUAUCCUCCAUCUGGGGCCGGCGACGCGUGACCCUCGACGACAUCAAACUCUGCCUCGGAAUCCUAAGCGCCGGCGCACCUCAUGAGUCCCUAUUCCGCCUCUCCGACUACGGCUACGGCAAGAUCUGCCUCGAAUUGGCCGAGCAUAUCCAGAGCCGUGGGAUAAUGGCACGACAUAUUGAGGAGGAGAAGCUGAACGCGGCUUUCAUGCAAGCGCUAGAGGGAUUGUGGACCACAUGGGUGGAGAAGCAAAUGCAGGCGCUGGAGAUGCAGAAGCGCGCUCUAUUCCUGCAAUCUCAACCUCGGAAACGCGGUCGCCCAAGGAAGGCGGUCGCAGAACAGCUUCUCGCCAACCCCAAUGUUCUGACUGAAGCCCCCACCGUCGACGCGUUCAUCUCGCGACUCCCGCUGGCCGAAAUCACUGUUUGCGAAUCAUUAAGCAAAACUCUACCUCUCCGCGAAAAGGGCCGAAAGCGCCUACAAGAAAUCACCGACGCCGCAGAUGACGCGCGCGCGCAGAAGAAAACACGCGUCGCGAUCGCGGUUCCGAGAUCGCUGAAGAACCAGAGCACACCCGAGCCCGUGGAACAGACCCAGGCGAAAAUUACAUCGUUCACGCCGAUCCGCAGGGCCAAUCUCCUUGAUCGCAUUCUCGCGAAGCAAGCAGCGCAGGCCCUUCUCCCGGAUGCGCCAACUCCUGCCGAAAUGGCCCGCAAAGCGGCUCUGGGCCGCGCUGAAGAAGUCUUAGGCGUGCUAUCUAUGCUCGUCGCAGCUCGAGGAGGCGGACAACGGUGUUCGUUCACGAUGGCAGCACUGGUCCAAACACUACAAGGAAGCGUGAGGAGCCCGAUCAGCAGAGAAGAGGCGUCGAAAGUGGUGGAGGUUAUUGCAACAGAAGUCGCACCUAGCUAUGUGGCGCUGAUCCGGAUGGGCACGAUGUGCAACGUUGUCGUCAACCCAAUGUACAGGCCUUUGGAUCUGAGAGGGAACCUUAGGAGCCUCGGUGUUGAGUGCUAGGAGAUUUCUUGUUCGAAGGAGCAUAUAUGUGCUUUAUUGGUGGAUGCAUUGUGGGUAUUGCUGGUUGGCGUUUGCAUAGCGGAGUACAGCGAGCGUGAUAGUUUACGCAUUGCAGUACUUUUACUCGAAUUUAUCUGUUC